CGUCAUCGCUGCCUGGUGCCCGAGGGCGUGUGUUUACUCUGGUACAGAGCAGCUCUCCAGCAGUACAGUGAAACGAUCCCAUUUCUGUUAGAGCGCACAAUAUCGCCUGAAUCCCAUACGCGUUCAACUGUCUGUUUUUAACUAAUAUUAAAACGCAGUUCAUUUAAUUGUGGGUAUUCUGAAGAAACGAAGAGUCCAUUUAAAACGUGGAAUAUAAGAGAAAUGAACGACGCCCAUAACCAGAAUUCGGAAAAUUAAUAUUAAUAAUUAUAAAAUAUAUCUUUUUUUUUUUUUUUUUUUUUUUUUUAAUCAUGGCUGACCUUGUGGAUUUGAUGAAGUAUGGACAUUAUCCCGAAAAACUCCGACGCAUGCAAAACAAAGAAUUUACUAAUCUAACCAAUAUUCUCCGGAACAGAGAAUACAGAAUAAUCGGUAAAAUCGGCGAAGGCACGUUUUCCGAAGUGGUCAAGGCGCAGAGUCUCCAAGACGGGGGUUAUUACGCGUGCAAAAAGAUGAAGCAGCGCUUUGAGAGCACAGAGCAAGUGAACAACCUGCGUGAAAUCCAAGCCAUGAGGAGACUGAGCCCUCAUCCUAAUAUCCUCCAGCUGCAGGAGGUGCUUCACGAUAGAAAGACGGGCUCCCUCUCUCUAAUAUGCGAGCUCAUGGAGAUGAACGUCUAUGAGUUAAUACGAGGACGAAGGGAUCCUUUACCUGAAAAUAAAAUAAAGAGUUAUAUGUACCAGCUGUGUAAGUCUCUGGAUCACAUGCACAGAAACGGAAUCUUUCACCGAGACGUGAAGCCAGAAAACAUCUUGAUCAGGAGAGACGUGCUGAAGCUGGCUGAUUUCGGCUCCUGCAGGAGUGUGUACUCGAAGCCUCCAUACACAGAGUACAUUUCCACCCGCUGGUACCGCGCUCCUGAGUGCCUCCUUACAGAUGGGCAUUACAGCUACAAAAUGGACAUCUGGAGCGCUGGUUGCGUCUUCUUUGAGAUCGUCAGCCUAAAUCCACUUUUUCCUGGGUCCAAUGAGCUAGAUCAGAUUUCCAGGAUCCAUGAUGUCCUUGGCACUCCUGAUGGUGCUGUUUUAAGGAAGUUUAAGCAGUCCAGAGCAAUGCGCUUUGACUUCCCUCCAAAGAAAGGCUCUGGGAUCUCCCGUCUGAUUCCCCGCAGCAGCUCCGAGAGCCUGUCGCUGAUGUACGAGAUGCUGCAGUACGAGCCGGAGGAGAGGACCAGCAGCAAGGCAGCGCUGCAGCACCCUUACUUCAAAGAGCUCAGGGUGGCAGAGAAACAAGCUGCCACACUGCGGCGUGCGAUCGGAGCCGUGCAGCAGGGUGAGAACAGCGGGACCCCAAACUCAAUAGAUAACCUCUGGAGAAUUGCACGGCAAGGAAGAAAACCGCAUCAUAUAAGAUAUGUGCAGGAGCCUCUGGUGAGACGUCAUGGUCCUCCUUAUCCGCUGGAAUUGCCAAAGUUAAACGUAGCUGCACCGAAGAUCCCCACAUACCCCAUGUCCUCGCUGACGUCAGUCCUGUCACAGAACGUAACUCUCCCAGUGCUGCAGCCAACAAAAUCCAAUGCAAAAAUCAGCAAGCCUAGCAAAGAGCAGCCACUUAAACCUUGUUUGAAAACUUACCACAUCCCACCACUGGAAAGAAAAGGUGGGGACUUGUGAAACUCACGUGACUCAGUCGUUGCAUGCCAGACUUCCUGCGAGGAUAGAAGGUGGUGCUGUCAAGUGAUCAAAUGGAAAGAGGCUCUUGUACUGCCAGGCAUGCUGUACACUGGACAGCUCUUGUGCCUUCUCUCAUUGACAAUGGUCACAUGAAGCAGAGUCAGGGAGGUGGACUGUAAGGCAGCACCUGAUCCUGGCAGUGGAGGACAGUGUACCAAACUGCAUUGUAUUAGGGUAUUUUAAUGCACUAAUAUAUAUAAAGAAUCUGUUUCUACAAGUGUUCUGAACUGUGUGCUCCUACCGUUGAGAAAACAACCACCCACACCCUACCUCCAACUUGUACUGGCAUGUACAGCUGAAAGGAAGUUGGCAGUGUGCAGUGUUACCCCUUCUGCAACUGCCAGCAUUCAGUCACACAACGGCUUCGCUACAUACACAAGCCGUUUCGAAUGUAAUCACUAUUUUUAUACUUGGUUUAUGUUUGUUACUAAGCAGAUAAAUUGUGUGUGUGCGUAUCCCCUGGAUACAAUGGCAGCAUUUACCAAUAAUUAAACAAACCAAGUGGAAGUACAUUGUUAUUAGUAUUUUCUCUAUAAUGACACUUCUGGUCAUCAAUAAACUGGCACAUACCAAACAUGCAUAAAACAAAAACUAUCGGACACCGAUGUUAAGCAAUACGCCACCAGAAAACAAAGGGUUACACUUUUAUGAAAUGAAUGUAUGUUUUUAAUCAUAUUUGUAAAUAUGAUCUUUUCAGGAGCACAGCUGGCUUGGCAUUAUUUGAACGUGAUAUUUUAUAUAUAUUACACAUACACACUAUACAGAGAGUUUGCUGUUAUGAGCUGCACUGAAAACAAUGGGCAGUGUUUAGUAUAUUAAUAGAGUUGCUGCAUUAAACAGACACUUGCUAUAAAUAAACAUGAUCUAUUACCUAUGCCAAGUCUCUGUAUAAGAACCCCCCCUCAAUCAGAACUGUAAUAGCAAGAUCAAAAAACCUACACAAGAAAGGUUUCAGGUUUUUUUUGUUGUUUCUUCAAACUGUUUAUAAAACAUUUUGUACUUACAAGUUUUCAUUGUAGUAAGUAUCAGCAUUUGUUGAGCAUUAUAUAAGCGUGUUUUCAAAUACAAUAAAAGCUUCUUAGAAUAUUUCAAGCUGUUUUUGCACCAAAAUAAAUAACACGCAGUAGAAUAAAAUCUGAACCCUCGCUCUCAGUGAAAGUGACUUGCAGGGACGACAGGGAUGUUAGAUUCCUUUUAAUUUCCAAUACGUUCAAACUGGAACAUAAAGGACUUUCUGUAAGCACUCGAAACAGCAACGACGAGAACCCCUAAAUCAAAGUGCUGUUGCUUAAGAAUGCUUCGCAACAUGAAUGCGUAUGAGAUUAAAUGUGUACGUGAAAAAGACCGAACACGUCCUGAAUACAUGACCUCACACUGCACACAACCUUCUGUGUACAGCACUACAGCUGACCUCCAGCUUGCAUGCAUUUCUUCAACAAAGGUGAAAUGUUUAACAGCUCUAAACUAUUAAAACCCUAACAGAUGAACAUAAUGCUUUUCCACUGGGGUAAAGUAGGAAUUUCCCAGCUUUACCACCAGGAGGUGCACAGCGUACAGUUAAACUCUCCGAUAAUCUCCUGGAACUCUGAUGCAACACGGAAUCAAGAUGCCAACCUGCAACCGGUUGAGAAGAGACAUGCUGGACAGAUUGUGUGACUAAGCCACCUCUAUUUAAAAGUUUACACAGCGAAACAUAUAAAGUGAAACUGUAUCCGUAACAAGGUUACAGCUCCAGUAAUGCAUACUAAAAUUCUGAAGGUACAGUACAUAUAUAUAUAUUUAACCCUUUCAUUUUAUUUGGGGGGGGUGGGGAUCAAGCGCUCCUUUUCAGGAACAUCAGGUGCUAAAAGGGUUAAUGAAAUGAGUAAAACUUUAUAGAAGUGAAUACAAGUCUUAAUAGAAAUGGAAACACAGUUACAUGGCUCUGCUGAUAGAAAACCCCAGAGACAAAUACAUCCCUCUGAGCUGCAGCACUGUUAAAACCAAUUAAAAAAAAACAAUGAUCCAGUGCAGUCCAUUAAACGAAUGUGUUCCCUAAACAGGCAUUUCCCUAGACAGUCUUGUCUGUUCUCUGACGACACUCUUUAUAUAAAGCUCCAUAGAUUGAAAGAGACUUUUCACACAGCAUGUUCACAUUAACAGUGAGGGCAUCAGACCGCAAGCCCUGCUCAACCUUGCACUGAAAUAUUCUCCAGCUUCAUCGGUCCCUAGUGGCUGCUAUUUCAAUUUACACAGAACAGCAACGUUUAGAAAAAGUUGGUCUUUUAUUAAAUCUUUAAGUCUAAAUAGACUUUCCUGAGCUUCAAAUAUUUGCCAAGUUUGAGCAUUAUUCUACCUAACAGCUGUAUAUAGUGGAACAAUAAGGACACAUUUAGCUUCAACUUGGAGAUAAUAGCAUUCGAUACAGAUAUCUCCUACACCAAACAUCUAAUUCAAAAAUAGAGAUCGGAAAUGUUUUUUUUUUUUUUUGUACAACAGAAAAGAAAACAAAAACCUGCAUAUUCAAGAUUGUUUUAAUAUUAUUAAUAAUAUGUAGAAUUGCUUCUGCAUUAGAAAUCUCACUAUUCUUUCUUUAUAAUGAAGAUGCACUUCAGCUAGUGUAAUGAUCAUUUGUUUGCCCCAUCAAAUCACUGAAUUACAAUAUUUAUACAUAUAAUACAGAGCCGAUUGUAAUGUGAAACAAUAUUAAAAUAAAUGCUCAAGAGAUACAAAGGAAUUCUUUCUUUUCUCCGAGUCCUAGCUUUUCGGGAGUGCUUGCACAACCCACAUUUUUAAAGCUGUUCUCCUCUAACAUUAAACUAUUAAGUGCAAACAAAUUUUCUUUUUAAAAAACUAUGAUUGCAGCAUCCAACCUUGAGUCACAAUUGUUAAGCUAGAAAGUAAUGACUUUCGAUCCCUGACCAGUGCAUCCAGGCUGUCUUCUAACACACACACACAUUAUAUAUAUAUAUAUAUAUAUAUAU